AUGGACGAGUGCGGUCGUUGUGGAGUCAAAGUCGGCGAAGAUGCGGCUCUUUUGGCCCGAGGAACGGUUUGAAACUGGAUGAAAAAUGAAAAAAUGAAACAAAAACUUACAGUUGUGGCAUGUAAACCAUCUCAUGUGUGACUUAUGUUCGUGCCGCAUACACGAAAAUGAAAGGUUUCGUCUUGUAAAUUAAAAUAAAUCAGGAAUAAGUCCAUAAAUGGAUCACGUUUAUUUUUCACUGUUUAUUUCAAAAUUAGUCUUUUUCAAAUUUUCUAUUCUUUCUUUCUAUUUCAUAUUACUCAUUAGAAAAAAACAUUUAAAGCUUCUGAAAGCAAAGUGUGACUAAUUUUUAACGAAAUAAAAAUUUGCUCAGAUGUGCUUCGCACAGCGGGUUGCUGCUCUGUGAGCACUGCCAUCUCCGAGCCACCCGACCGAAAUGUCACGGUAACUGCCAUUUUCGAACCGAGGGAAUCCGAAAAUCUGCAGGUUGCAGUGAGCACAUUGUCGGCCACUUUACAGAAGCGAUGGGUCAUCUUUGGCAUCCGAGUUGCUUCCAAUGUACUAUGUGAGUCUUGUCCUUUAUAAAAUAGUUUGAUAACCACUAUAAAUUAUGAGCCUCCGUGUUCUUACAAUCAUUUGUUUUAUAAUUACUGGGAAAAUUUUUAGUGGCCAGUAUAGGGUUUUGACGCUUUAGUGGCCACUAUAGUAGUCAAAUUACUGACCACUUAAGGGGUUAAAAAUUAGUGAUCAUUAUACAGGUCUAAGUGAUACUACUAGACCACAAACAAUUUUAGUGGCCACUUUAGGGGUCAAUGGAUCAACAUAACUGGUUCAAUCUGUUAGUUUUAUAAUUAUCAGAGUUACUGGGUGAAAAACUACUGAAGUGACGACUAAAUAGAGAAGCUCUAUAGUGCCCACUGAAACGGUAAAUAGUGGCCACUAUAGAGGUGGGUUUAAUGGCCACUUUAGUGUCCUCUCCAAGUAGUCCUUGGCGGGCCUCUAUAGUGGCCACUAAAAAUUUUCCCAGUACUCCGGUGGGGGAAAUAAAUGCAGAGACGAAAGCUGUUUCAAGUUGAACGAGGUGUAAAUUCAAAGUUCAGAUGUCACCACACUCUUCUGAAGACGUUCGUCACGCUGCCCAACAAACAACCGGCCCAUCAAGAUUGCUUCUGGGAGCUCAAACUGAAGCUCAAUGUUGUUCAAAAGUCGUUCUGA